AUGGGCCUCGAAAAGGUCAAGCAUAUAGUACUGGUUCUCUCCGGGAAAGGAGGAGUCGGCAAGUCCUCCGUCACCACACAGUUAGCCCUGUCAUUAUCACUGGCCGGCCACUCGGUGGGCAUACUCGACGUCGAUCUUACCGGGCCAUCUAUCCCUCGCAUGCUUUCCAUCGAAGAGUCCAAGGUCACCCAAGUACCUGGCGGCUGGGCUCCUGUCCCCGUCCACGGCCAAGAUGCAAGCAACGGCCUGGGAAGCUUGCAUGCUAUGAGCUUGGGUUUUCUCCUCGCAAAGAGGGGCGAUGCCGUCGUCUGGAGAGGUCCCAAGAAGACGGCCAUGAUAAGACAAUUCAUGCGGGACGUACUCUGGCAAGACGUGGAUUAUCUUCUCAUCGAUACGCCUCCCGGGACCAGCGAUGAACAUAUUUCGCUGGCGGAGACAUUGCAGGGCGAUGCCUUGCCCCACCAAGUUGCGGGAGCAGUUGUAGUAACUACUCCGCAAGCUGUGUCUACGUCGGAUGUACGAAAGGAACUCAACUUUUGCUCCAAGACAGGGAUACGAGUACUGGGUGUUGUUGAAAACAUGAGCGGCUACGUCUGCCCUCAUUGCUCGGAGUGUACCGACAUCUUUGGCUCAGGAGGAGGGCGCAGCAUGGCUCAGGAGUUCAAUGUGCCAUUCUUGGGCACCGUGCCGAUAGAUGCACAGUUUAUUGCUCUGCUGGAAGAAGGUCGCAGGCCGCAGUACCCGGAGGGCACGCUCAUUAAUGGACACGACAUAUCCUCUCAAGGCCACAUGGGGUGCCGGAACGACGCUGACUCUGGUAAUGACCAAGCCAGAUUGGCUGACAAAUACAAUGACUGCUCGCUGUCCCAUAUAUUUAGAGGUAUAUCCAGCACCCUUGUCGAAACCAUAUCAGCUCAGGCUUGA